AUGUCGCAAUCCUUGCGCCCGUACCUCCAAUGCGUCCGGAGCAGCUUGACUGCUGCUCUGACUCUCUCCAACUUUGCCUCCCAGACGGUCGAACGCCACAAUGUCCCCGAGAUUGAAGCCCAGACCUCACCGGAGGUCCUGCUCACCCCUCUCCACGUUGCCCGCAACGACAACGAGCGAGUCCUGAUCGAGCCCAGCAUCAACUCCGUCCGUAUCAGCAUUAAGAUUAAGCAGGCCGACGAGAUUGAACAUAUCCUGGUCCACAAAUUCAAUCGGUUCCUCGCCAUGAGAGCGGAAUCUUUCUUCAUUCUCCGGAGAAAGCCUAUCAAGGGAUACGACAUCUCCUUCCUAAUAACCAACUACCACACCGAAGAAAUGCUGAAGCACAAGUUGGUGGAUUUCAUCAUCCAGUUCAUGGAGGAAGUCGACAAGGAGAUCUCCGAGAUGAAGCUCUUUUUGAACGCUCGGGCACGUUUCGUAGCCGAGUCCUUCUUGACUCCUUUUGAUUAA